AUGGGUAUGCCUGGCUCGGAGACCAUUUUAGAGGAGCUAACCUGUAGAGUUUUGGGUGACUUGGUUCAGGAGGGUGUAGUCGCUAAGUUAGCCGAUGAUUUGUACUGUGGUGGAUCUACUCCUGAAGACCUCCUUAAUAACUUUACAAGGACACUUCAAGCUCUACAGAGAAAUGGCCUUAACUUGUCUGCACCAAGGGAAGCCACAAUCUUGGGAUGGAUAUGGCGUGAAGGUACCCUUCGUGCAAGCCCUCAUCGCAUUGCUGCACUAGCCAACUGUCAACCCCCAUCUACUGUCACCGGCUUGAGGUCAUUCAUCGGUGCUUUCAAAGUUCUAGGACGUGUCUUAAAAGGAUGCUCACAGAUUAUAUCUCCUUUAGAUGAUGACACUUCUGGCAAAGACUCCAAAGACAAAAUUCAAUGGACUGACGACCUCCAUAGUCAUUUUAAAAAAGCCCAGAAAAGUCUCUCAUCCAAUCAGACUAUUACUCUCCCACAAGCUACGGACCAGUUGUGGAUAGUUACUGAUGGUGCUCUUCGAAGUGGAGGACUUGGGGCUACACUUUACAUAAACCGCAACGACAAACUUUGCCUCUCUGGAUUUUUCAGUGCUAAACUUCGUGCUAAUCAACUUACAUGGCUGCCCUGUGAAGUGGAAGCACUCUCAAUUUCAGCAGCUGUAAAACAUUUCAGCCCAUACAUCGUGCAGUCUUCCUUAAAUGCAUGUGUUCUCACUGACAGCAAACCAUGUGUGCAGGCCUUCGAGAAAAUGUGCCGUGGUGAAUUUUCCGCUAGCCCACGUGUGUCAACAUUCCUGUCAACGGUGAGCAGGUUUCAAGUAUCUUUGCGCCAUGUAUCAGGUGCAGCUAUAUUACCUACAGAUUUCAGUAGUCGAAAUGUUCCUGCAUGUGAUAAUCCCUCUUGCCAAAUCUGUUCCUUUGUCAACACUAUUGCCCAGUCUGUUGUUCAGCGAGUAACUACUGAGGACAUAGCAGAGGGGAGAGCCAAAAUGCCAUUUGCUACCAGAACUUCAUGGCUUGCCAUCCAACAGGACUGUCCAGAUCUCAGACGUACACAUGCCCAUCUCCUGCAAGGCACAAGACCGUCAAAAAAGCUCACAAAUGUUCGGGAUGUCAAGCGUUAUUUACAGCAUGCAGUCAUUCCCAAGGAUGGGUUAUUGGUGGUGAAAAAUAAUGUCCCAUUCCACCCAUCACAGGAAUGUAUUAUCGUUCCUCGCAGUGUCCUGGAGGGACUCCUUACUUCUCUACACAUUUCAUUGGACCAUCCAUCUUCCAAUCAACUAAAAAAGGUGGUAAAUCGUUUCUUCUUUGCACUUGACAUGGACAAAGCUAUUAACAACACCACAGACAAGUGGCAUCAGUGUACUGCAUUGAAGAGUACACCUAAAUUUCAACCAGAACACACUUCAAGCCAACCACCUGACAGAGUCGGCUAUCUGUUUGCAGUUGAUGUCCUUAAACGUGAACGCCAACUUAUACUGGUCCUGCGUGAGUACAUAACUUCCUAUACACGGACAUUACUCAUUGAAAAUGAGCGUCAUGAAACACUUCGAGAAGGACUACUCAUCUUGUGUUCAGAGCUACUACCAUUAGAUGGCCCAUUCGCUGUAAUCCGGACAGACCCUGCUCCUGGAUUUACCGCAUUAAUCAACGAUAAACUCCUAGCCAAGUAUCGCAUAUCCAUUGAAGUGGGACGCGUAAAAAAUAUCAAUAAAAACCCGGUAGCAGAAAGAGCAAUACAGGAACUAGAAGCAGAAAUCUUGCGCCAUGAUCCACUAUGUCGCACAGUUACUCCAUUAUCUUUGUGUCUGAUUACCUCUCGACUGAAUACACGUAUAAGAAGUAGAGGAAUCUCGGCCAAAGAGAUGUGGACCCAUCGUGACCAGUUCUCACAUGAACAGAUUCCCGUUGAUGAUUAUGAGCUUAUUUCUCAACAACAUGACAUUAAGCUUGAUAAUCACCCACACAGUCAGGCCUCUAAACAACCUGGAAAGAGCAGUGCCCCUGGAUGUCACAGCAAAGUUGGUGACUUGCAAGUUCAGUGGCUCCCAGCUUCGACGAACAGCUUAUCGUGUUAA